AGCGGCUGAGCGAAAAGUGAAGAGAGUGAAGAGUGGUGGUUUUAUCAUAAUAAUAGUAAUAAUAACAAUAACAAUUAAAAGCUCUGUUGUGCAUAUCUGGCGUCUGAAGAUGAGCUUGUGUACCACUCUACCAGAAGAGAGAGAGAGUCUCUCUGUAUGUCUUUAAUUUCAGAGAGAGAAUUCUCUCUCUAUUUUUAUUACUGAAACCAACUCUCUUUCUCUCAGAACCUCAUGCCAUGAGAGAGAGAGAGACAGAGAGAGAGAGGGUCUAAUGCUUUAAAACCCCAUCAGUUACAUUGGCUAAAACUGGAAGGAAAAAGAAGAAGAAGAAUUGGAACACGAGCUCUAGUGGGUUUAGCUUGGAAGAGCUGUUGCUUCUUCUUGAGUCUUUCACUGGCUUAAUUAUAGCCCGAGAUUUAUUUUCAUUUCAUUAUCUUAAUAAUUUCAAAACCCUUAAACUCAGCUCUCUCAAAUCAUGCCAAUUUCUUUGACAUUUUCUCUGCCGUUUUUUUCUUUCCCUGUCAUUUCUUCCUUUUUCUCCACUUCAUUAUCAAUGCUUAAACGCCAAUUUCACCCUCAUUUCAUGCCUCUUUAAGUCUUAAUUUUCUUCUGCUACUGUUGCUUCAUUUUCUUCUUCUUCCUGUAUCGUAUCUUGCUCUUUUUGAUAUCACUUAUAUGGAAUACGGUAGCGGUGGAGGAAGUGGCGGUGGCGGUGGUAGUGGUUCUGGUGGAGACCAUGACCCGUCUGACCCCCACAGAAGGAAGAAGCGUUAUCAUCGUCACACUGGUAAUCAAAUUCAGAAGCUUGAAGCAAUGUUCAAGGAAUGCCCACACCCAGAUGAGAAGCAGAGGUUACAGUUAAGCAGAGAGUUGGGUUUGGCACCUCGGCAGAUCAAGUUUUGGUUUCAGAACAGGAGAACCCAGAUGAAGGCCCAACACGAAAGAGCCGAUAACUGUGCCCUUCGAGCUGAGAAUGAUAAGAUCCGAUGUGAGAAUAUAGCAAUUAGAGAGGCUCUCAGGAAUGUUAUUUGCCCCUCCUGUGGUGGUCCUCCUGUCACCGAAGAUUCUUAUUUCGAUGAACACAAGUUAAGAAUGGAGAAUGCCCAAUUGAAGGAGGAGCUUGAUAGAGUUUCCAGCAUUGCCGCCAAAUACAUUGGAAGGCCAAUUUCCCACCUCCCUCCAGUGCAGCCUAUUCAUAUUUCUUCUCUGGACUUGUCCAUGGGGAGUUUUGGUGGCCAAGGGAAUGGUGCUCCUUCUCUUGAUCUUGAUCUUGAUCUUAUACCAUCUACUUCAAAUUUGCCAUUUCACCCACUUGGUAUUUCAGAUAUGGACAAGUCCCUUAUGACUGAUAUUGCAGCAAGUGCCAUGGAUGAAUUGCUAAGACUUUUGCAGACUGAUGAACCUUUGUGGAUUAAGUCACCCACGGAUGGAAGGGAUGUUCUUCAUCUUGAUACUUAUCAAACACUUUUUCCCAGGGCUGUUUCUCGCUUGAAGAAUCCCAAUGUUCGAAUUGAGGCAUCCAGAGAUUCAGGUUUUGUCAUCAUGAAUAGUUUAGCUUUGGUGGACAUGGUUAUGGACGCUAACAAGUGGGUCGAGCUGUUUCCCAGCAUUGUGUGUGUGGCAAAGACCCUCGAAGUAAUUUCAUCUGGAAUGAUGGGCAGUCACAGUGGUUCUUUGCAAUUGAUGUAUGAAGAGUUGCAGGUGCUUUCACCAUUGGUACCAACUCGAGAAUUCUAUAUCCUUCGUUAUUGUCAGCAAAUUGAGCAAGGCUUGUGGGCAAUUGUUAAUGUUUCAUAUGAUAUUCCACAAUUUGCUUCUCAAUGUCGAUCUCAUAGGCUUCCUUCUGGAUGCAUGAUUCAGGAUAUGCCUAAUGGAUACUCCAAGGUUACUUGGGUGGAACAUGUGGAGAUAGAAGACAAAGCCCCAACUCAUAGGCUUUACAGAGACCUUGUUCACAGUGGAAUGGCUUUUGGAGCUGAACGAUGGCUUGCCACUCUGCAAAGAUUAUGUGAAAGAUUUGCAUGUCUAAUGGUGUCAGGCAAUUCAACUCGUGAUCUUGGUGGAGUAAUUCCAUCGCCUGAUGGUAAGAGAAGCAUGAUGAAACUUGCUCAAAGAAUGGUGAACAGUUUCUGUGCUAGCAUCAGCACAUCUAACAGCCAUCGAUGGACUACUGUUUCUGGUAUGAAUGAGGUUGGAGUUCGAGUUCAUAAGAGCACAGAUCCUGGGCAACCCAAUGGUGUAGUUCUUAAUGCAGCUACUACCUUUUGGCUUCCAGUUUCUCCACAAAAUGUCUUCAAUUUCUUCAAGGACGAGAGAACUCGAGCUCAGUGGGAUGUUCUCUCUAGUGGCAAUGCAGUGCAAGAGGUUGCUCAUAUUGCCAAUGGCUCCCAUCCCGGGAACUGCAUAUCUGUUCUUCGAGCAUUCAAUUCAGGUCAAAACAAUAUGUUAAUACUGCAAGAGAGCUGCAUAGAUGCAUCAGGUUCACUUGUAGUUUACUGCCCAGUUGAUCUUCCAGCGGUCAACAUAGCAAUGAGUGGAGAGGACCCAUCUUAUAUUCCCUUGCUUCCAUCAGGAUUCACAAUUUCACCGGAUGGUCAUCCAGACCAUGGAGAUGGAGCAUCUUCCAGCUCUAAUACACAUGGAAGUAUGGGUAGGUCAAGUGGUUCACUAAUAACAGUAUCAUUUCAAAUACUAGUGAGCAGUUUGCCAUCUGCAAAACUAAACCUUGAAUCAGUAACCACGGUUAAUAACCUUAUCAGUACCACUGUCCAACAAAUUAAGGCUGCCAUGAACUGUCCUAGUUCCUGAUGAUCUCUGAUUCUGCUGCUAGCUACUACAAUGGCAAUACAACUGUUUCUUCUCUUCCCUCUCUACCUGCUUUAAAUAUGAAGAUAGAGGGAAAUUUUUAGAGACUAUAUUUGAGCAAAAAGGUUAUUCAAUGUCAGAACAAAAGAAGUAUUGGGAGGUUAGUUGAGGCCUUGAAUGCCCUCUGAUCAACAACAGAAGAUGGUUAUUUACUGCAAGCUACUUGAGCUGUUUUUGCUGCCAAACUUCAUUACAGUCUACACCAACUUGAUUUAAUUAAUUUUUUUUUUUUGGGUUUCUGAUAAAAUUUUUACCUUGGAAGAAUAGUAUCAAUUAAAUAGGGAGUCAAGAACGCACCAUCCAUCUCUUUCCUGCUGCUGCUGAAGGGUAUUUUUUUUUUUUUUUUUGGUUAUUAUCUCUUCAUUGCCUCUACAGAACAGCAAGAACAAUGUGUGGUUCGGGUAUUGACUUUCUGUGCUUUUACAUUUAUUUAGCAAUCAAUGAUCUUAUUAUUAUUUUCA